ACCAAACUCUUGAGUCUGUUUUGUUGUUCUUCUCUUGUUGAAAUUGUGUCGACCUUGACUUGAAUACAGAAAGACGGCAGCGCUCGGCUCGGUCUUGUGGAGUUUCAGAUUCUCUGGAACAAGAUCCGGAAGUGGCUGGGGAUCUUCAGAGAGUUUGAUCUGGAUAAAUCUGGAUGUAUGAGCUCCUAUGAGAUGAGGCUGGCUCUGGAAAAUGGAGGGUUCAAACUGAACAACAGGUUGUAUCAGAUGCUUGUCGCUCGCUACGCCGACAAUGAGAUCAUCGACUUUGACAACUUCACCUGCUGCCUGGUCAAACUGGAGGCCAUGUUCAAGGCCUUCCAGGAACUGGACUGUGACAGGACAGGAAGUAUAGAGAUCAACAUCAUUGAGUGGCUCUAUGUGACCAUGUGUGGCUGAAGACGACGACGAAGACGAAGACGGUCAGAGUGCCUCAACAGGAAACCAAACUACACCUGACCGAAGUUUCAUAUUUUAAGUUCGUCUGUGGUGUGACAUCACAGAAAGAGCGGUGAUGUCACAUCCUGUCCUAAUUAUAAUAAGCACUGAUUCACUAUGCAGAGCUCUUAAUGUGAAAGGAGCAGCAGGAAGUGCGUUAGCUAGCGUUAAUUGAAUCUCGCUCCGUCUUUGUUAACGAAUCGACACUCUUCUUCUUCUUCAGUCUUUGUUGUUUCACACAGGAGCGCCACCAACUGCUGAGCAGCAGAACAGCAUGAGCGAGAAUAUUUAACAAGUUCAUUCAAAUCCGACGAUCCAACCACAGUGCAUCAGUACUACAUCAUACUACAGUGCAUCAGUACUACAUCAUACUACA